UGUGGUGCACUCACUGGAUAUUUACCACCGUCCUGAAGGUUUGCUGUUUACUGGCUGUUUCCUGUCUGUGCGGGCUGUUUAUUAGAAACCCUGUCGUCCCUCCUCGGUGCUUCAGGAGGAGUCUCAGCUCUUUAGGAUCUCACCUCUCAUCGCGUCUCGGUUUGUGUUCAUCCGCGGACACACCCUCAUAUCUGAGUUUAAGGGUCGAUCUGUGAGGAAUGGCCUAUCCAGGAUACGGUGCUGGUCCCGGUGGAGUCCCCGGUGGAGUCCCCGGACAGGAUCCUCUGUAUGGAUAUUUCUCAGCUGUAGCAGGACAGGACGGACAGAUCUCGGCAGACGAGCUGCAGCGCUGCCUCACACAGUCCGGCAUCUCUGGCUCAUAUCAGCACUUCAGCCUGGAUACCUGCAGACUGAUGAUCAACAUGUUGGAUAGGGACAUGUCCGGCUCCAUGGGCUUUGCUGAGUUCAGGGACCUGUGGCAGGCCCUGAACGGAUGGAAGAAUACCUUUGCGUCCUACGACCGGGACCACAGUGGAACGGUGGAGGGCCAUGAGAUGCAGCAGGCCAUCACCUCCAUGGGUUACCGCCUGAGCCCUCAGGCCAUGAACUGCAUCAUGAAGCGCUACAGCACAAACAGCAGGAUCACCUUCGAUGAUUUCAUGAGCUGUUGUAUAAGACUCCGCGCCCUGACGGACCAUUUCCGAAGGAGAGACACGACCCAAAAUGGCAGCGCCACAUUUCAGUAUGACGAUUUCAUCCAGGUCACCAUGAGCGUAUGAAGAAGAGAAGACUGAACAGAAAUGACACACAAGCCUUUUAAAACCUUCUUAUAUUAACCCUGUGUAAUUUCUACAUGUAUUUUUACACUCUACCUUUUUAUUUCUGUUGUAUUAACUCUCACAUUCCAGUUUAAUAUGAACAUUGCAUAUUGUAACUAGCAGGAAUAUUGUAACCUUAGGCUGUACCAGCAACAACCACUAGAGGGCGUGUGAGACUGCAUCACUAUCACUAUUACAUUUAUAGACUUUUACCUCAACAUUAACCAUGUUAGCCCAAAGUGUGAACAUGAAAUGAAUAAACAUGGCCACCACAAACAAAA